AUGCUGCUUGCAGGUUCUGGACGACAACUGAGACCGGCCGAGCCUCCAGGAGAUGCUGAUGCGGAUGCAGAUGCAGAGGACGAAGAUUCUGUUAAUGAAGUGGCAGUAGAAGACAUCCGUCCAAGGCCACAAGGAUCAUCUCCGGUUUAUGAAUAUUCCAUAGAAGAAGAAUAUUCAAAGCUUCAAGAAGAAAAGAAAAAAUAUUCUACAGACAAAUCAAAACAGAGUCAUCCACAGGAGACAAUGGAAGUGACCCUGAAAACAGAAGUGGAAGCUGGUGCUAGUGGUUUUAGUGUGACAGGUGGAGGAAAUGAAGGAAUAUUUAUUAAAAAAGUACUUAAGGAAUCUCCUGCUUCAAAAAUAUUUAGCCUGAGAGAAGGUGAUCAGCUUCUAAGUGCUACAAUAUUUUUUGAUAAUAUCAAAUAUGAAGACGCACUCAAGAUUCUCCAAUAUUCCGAGCCAUACAGAGUCCAAUUCAGCCUCAAAAGAAAAAUUACAGGGAAAGAAGAGCUAGAACACAUUCACUCUACAGCCCAGUAUAAAAAGGAAAGAUUAAGCCAGGAAAAAGAACUCAGCGAGAGCAUUCCUGAAGAAACAUUGCAUGUUUCAGGAAAAGCCAUUUCAGAAGACGACAGGGAAACAUUAAUUGUAAGCCAAAGGGUGGGAAGAAGCAAGAGACCUAAAAAAGAUAGAUUAUCAUGGCCAAAAUUUCAGUCAAUUAAAAAUAAAAAGAUACUGGGGCACAGAAGAUCUCAUAGUACAUCAGAUGCAUAUGAGCCUGCUAUACAGGAUAUUUCCCCUACAAGCACAGACACAGAGUCUCAAUUUCAACAAGAAGUCCAUAUCAAAGAAAAAAAAGGAAGCCAAAAGAAACUGAAGUUCCCUAGCAUUGGAUUCAAAAUGCACAGAUCCAAACCAGAAACACAAGAAAAGCAAAAAAAAGAAAUAAAAGCAACACUGUUAUCUGAAAGAGAAAGAAUACAUAAAGAAGAUAUCAGCCUGGAAAAUCCUGAAAUACUAACUGUUGAAUACACCACAUCUACUGCUUAUGAAAUUAAAACAGGGGAAGUGCAUGAACCUUUAACAAAAGACUUAAAAGAUAUGAAAAACGGCAUUGCAGUUCAUGCAAAAAAAUGCCCUGAAGUUGAAAUAAGCAUUAACAAAGAAAAAGUGAAAGAAUCAAAAUCAAAAUUCACUGUACCUGAAGUACCAGCUAUAACAACAAAGCCCAGUUUAGAAACACCUGAUCUGAAAGAAAGCCCAACUAAACAAACACCGCAAAUCUCAUCAAAAUCCCGAAAAAAGAAACAGAAAAGAACA